UGCUGCUGAGCACUCGAACAGUGUGUACACACUGUGUGUGCGAAUUAAAAGGAAAAGAAAAACCAACACUUCGUCGAAAGUUUUUGCGUAAAACUAUUAAUUUUAUUCACCAAAUUUCGGACGACAAACGACUUUUGCUAUUAUAUUUAGCAAUCGCUUAAUUCUGCGUGUGGCCCACAGGCCAAAUCGAAAACACGUACAAACGUAUUAAGCGCGGGUGUGCGAUUAUUCAUUCCAUUGUUCAUAAUUUACAUACAUACGUAUUUUGCAACAAACCAAAAUUGUGAAGCGAAUCAAAGUUGAAAGAGCAAUCAAAGUUGACAUAACUACUGCAAACAUAUACACUCACACAUACAAUCAAAGUAAAUUAUCGAACAGCGGGAGGCAAGCAACACCCAAAAGGAAAAAGAAAAAUAACAACGAAAGCUGAAACGAAACGCGCCCCAAUUGGAAAAACUGCAAAGGGAGUGCAGAAUUUGCCAAAAAAGAAAAAAAACAUCAAGUGGGAGGCAAAGGCGUUGGCAGCUGCAACAGUCGACACAGUUGUUUGUUGAGAUAAUUGCCCAACACACAACUCAAUGCAAGAAAGAGGCAAAGGCAUUCUUCUGCUACACUUUUAAAUUACUGGCAACCAUUCAUUCAUUUAAGCAGACUAUGAUCUGUUUGUUUUUGUGCCCAAUUUGCCGCGGAAAGUGUUUGUCUAGAAAAUUGCGUGACGAGCAUUGAGCAAGGGUUAAAUUCCCUUUCUGAAGAUUACCCCGAGAGAGAUCCAAUCCGUAUUCAACACUAAGAGGAAACUUUACAAAACGACAAAUAUAGAAAAGUGUUUUGCGCAUCUUCUAACCAAUCUCAGUAGACAAAUAUCGAGCCAAGGCUCCCAAAAAAAAGUAAAGAACAAAUAACAAAGCAAAAACAAAAGCAAUAAUUUCCGAUAACGAACCGAACACUCAUCCACCACAACCAAAAAAUAAAUAUAUAUAUAUAUAUGAAUGAUAUAGAUUAAUCGCACAACAAUCGACCACCUAACCAAAAAGCAUCCACAGUGUGGGCUUUUCUGUACCGCUGUGCCGCGGCAGCGCCCGUAGCCACCAACAUGGGCGCAAAUGUCUCCCAACUGGAGCGGGAGAUCGGCUCGGAAAUGUUUCCGCCCAACGAGCAUUACUUUGGGCUUGUCAAUUUUGGGAAUACCUGCUAUAGCAACUCUGUGCUACAGGCCCUCUAUUUCUGUAAGCCCUUUCGCGAGAAGGUCCUCGAAUACAAGGCGAAAAAUAAGCGGCCCAAAGAGACAUUGCUUUCGUGCCUGGCGGAUCUCUUCUAUAGCAUUGCGACGCAAAAGAAGAAAGUUGGCUCGAUUGCGCCCAAGAAGUUUAUAACGCGUUUGCGCAAAGAAAAGGAGGAGUUUGACAACUAUAUGCAACAGGAUGCGCACGAAUUUCUCAAUUUCCUGAUCAAUCACAUCAACGAGAUCAUUCUGGCCGAACGCAACAAUACGGGUAAUACGGGCAAGACGACUAAUGGGAAUACCGUUGCUGCCGCUCCUGCUGCUGCAUCGAUCGGCACCAGCACUACCGCAAAGUCAUCGACCAACUCCAAUUCAAACUCGAACUCCUCUAAUUCGACAACGACCUCGACUUCGAAUUCGACAACAACCAAUGGCAAUUGCAACAGCAAUUCGACGGGUUCAUUGAGUGGUGCUGCCACCACAAGUGUACUGGAUGGUGGCCUUACGGCAACCACUACCCCGGUAGUGCAGGCAAAUGGCGCCAAUACGGAGCCGACGUGGGUGCAUGAGAUCUUUCAGGGUAUACUCACAUCGGAGACACGUUGCCUCAACUGUGAGACGGUCAGCAGCAAGGAUGAGAACUUUUUCGAUCUACAGGUGGACGUCGAUCAGAAUACAUCGAUAACGCACUGUUUGCGCUGUUUCAGCAAUACCGAGACCCUCUGCUCGGACAACAAGUUCAAGUGCGACAACUGUUGCAGCUACCAGGAGGCACAGAAACGCAUGCGUGUCAAGAAGCUACCAAUGAUACUGGCGCUGCACUUGAAGCGUUUCAAGUAUAUGGAACAAUUCAAUCGUCACAUCAAGGUCUCGCAUCGGGUCGUCUUUCCGCUUGAGUUGCGGCUCUUUAACACCUCGGACGAUGCCGUCAAUCCGGAUCGGCUAUAUGAUCUAACGGCUGUCGUUAUUCAUUGCGGUUCGGGUCCGAAUCGUGGCCAUUACAUCAGCAUUGUGAAGAGUCACGGACUCUGGCUACUGUUCGACGAUGACAUGGUCGAUAAGAUUGAGGCCUCAACCAUUGAGGAUUUUUAUGGCCUCACCUCCGAUAUACACAAAUCCUCGGAGACCGGUUACAUUCUAUUCUAUCAAUCGCGUGACUGCGCUGCAUAAAUAAAAACAGGCUUUGAUUUGCC